AUGUACGCUGGCAUUGAUCUGGGAACCUCGGGCGUGAAGGUGGCGCUGAUGGCGAUGGACGGCAGCCUCAUCGACACGGCGACCGCGGGACUGGCUCUGUCACGGCCCAAGCCCCUGUGGAACGAGCAGGAUCCGGAGGCGUGGUGGACGGCGACAAACAAGGCCAUUUCUAUUCUCAAGCGCAAGCAUGACAUGAGCAAGGUUCGUGCUAUAGGACUUUCCGGCCAGAUGCAUGGUGCCACGCUUUUGGACAAGCAGGGCCGAGUUCUCCGUCCCUGCAUUCUUUGGUGCGACGGCCGAUGCGCUCUGCAAUGCCGUGAGCUUGAGAAGGCUGUGCCGCGUUCGCGAGAGACAACGGGUAACCUCAUGAUGCCAGGCUUCACAGCUGGAAAGUUGCUCUGGGUACAACAAGAGGAGCCAGAGGUGUUUGGGCAGCUUGACAAGGUGCUUUUACCUAAAGAUUACUUGCGAUAUCGAAUGACGGGCGACUUUGCUUCUGAGAUGUCUGACUCUUCGGGAACAAUGUGGAUGGAUACGUCAAAGCGUGACUGGAACGAUGACCUCUUGCAUGCGUGUGGAUUGUCGCGUCGUCACAUGCCAAGGCUUUACGAAGGGAGUGAAGUCACGGGUCAUCUGACGCCCGGCGUUGCCGAGGCGUGGGGCAUGAAGGAGAUUCCUGUGGUGGGCGGUGGCGGUGACAACGCAGCAGGCGCCGUUGGUGCAGGUUUGUAUAAACCGGGCCAGGCGAUGCUUUCUCUUGGCACUUCCGGCGUCUAUUUCAUCGUGUCUGAUGGAUUUCGCUACAACACCAAGGAGGCGGUGCACAGCUUUUGUCAUGCACUGCCUAACUCGUGGCACUUGAUGGCUGUCAUACUCAGCGCGGCGUCGUGCUUGGAUUGGGCGGCAAAGCUAACGGGAUGUAAAAACGUGGCUGAGUUUGUCGCCAAUGCCGAAAAGGCUCAGGGAUUCGAUGUGGCACCUGUUUGGUUUCUUCCCUACCUCGCCGGUGAGCGAACACCGCACAAUAAUGCUGAUGCCAAAGGUGUUUUUUUUGGCUUGACAAUUCAGCAUGGUCCCCCUGAGGUGGCACGUGCCGUGCUAGAGGGCGUGAGCUUCGCGCUUGCGCAGGGAAUGGACGCAGUGCACCGCUGCAACGUAAGACCCACUAACAUCACACUGAUAGGCGGUGGAACCCGCAGUCCGUUCUGGCGACAGAUGCUGGCGGAUGUCACGGGACACUCACUCGACUUUUGCAGUGGAGCUGAAGUGGGGCCAGCCCUCGGAGCUGCCCGUUUGGCGCAGGUGGCCAUGGAGAAGCGCCCUAUUGAAGAGCUUUUACCCCACUUGCCGCUUGUGAAAACGCACCACCCCGACAUGGGCCAACACCAGAUCUACUUGGAGCGGCGGAAGGUCUUCGCAGAGCUUUACCAACGCCUGAAGCCGCUUAUGGUGUCUAGGUUGUGA